AUGGGUGGUAAAUCUUCUCACCACCAUUACCACGUUGAUGAGGCGGCGACCAGGGCAGCUACAGAAGCAGCCCAAAGAGCAGAAGCGGCCGCCAACCAGGCGCGAGAAGCGUACCUCAGGCAAGCUGAACAGGUGGAACGACAAGCAGCUGAGCGCAAAGAACGAGAACGUCAAGCCCAAGAAGCGGCAGCUAGGCACCAGAGGGAGAUAGAGAACGAGAGGCGCCAGCGUGCCGAGGCAGAGGCUCGGAGAGUUGCGGAGCAGCAGGCUGCAUCUGCAAAGCUCAAAAAGGAACGAGAUGCAGCUGCUGCGAGACUCGAGGAAAUCCGAAAGCAGGCUCAGCAGCGGGCUAAAGAACAGGCUGAGAUUGCUCGACAAGAGGCUGAGGCUGCAGCAGUCAAGCUCAAACGUGAACCUAGGGUGGAUGCCAUCAGAAACGAACGCAAUCGGGUCCAUGCUGAGCGGCUCAAAGAGAGGAAGGAGCUCAAUCGUGACUAUCCCAUCCCGGAGCAUCUGGCACCUUUCGUUACUGGAGUGCUCAAUACAGUCGACGAAGAUGCUGCUGUUGAUCGCUUCAUCAACGUGGGCUUUCUUGGAUACUCAGGUGUGGGCAAGAGCUCACUCAUCUCGAAGCUCCUGAAGUUCUUUGCAGACGGUGACCAGGAAGACUUCCCUCUCACUAGCUUUGAAUCAGACGGGACAACCCAGCCAACCCCCUACGUUGUAAAAGGCUUCGACGGUAAGGUCCGUCUCUGGGAUUUGCCCGGUCAAGGAACGGAAAUGUUUCCUUCGAAGUCCUACCUUCGAGACAUGGGCUUGAAGUACUUCGAUGCUGUACUUGUGGUCACCGAUGGUCGCUGGAAGACGAACGACACGACCCUCCUUGAUGCGAUUCGAUUUGCGGACAUUUGGUUCAAGGUUGUUCGCACCAAGAUCGACCAGGCAGUGGAGGCUGGAGCCCACGACCAUGGCAUGACACAAGAGGCAGCGAUUGAGGUUGCUAGGGCCAAACUCGCAGAGAAGAUCAACAAUCUUGCCCUUGCGGACCCCAGCAGGCUGCAUCUUGUCACUUCUCGCGAGCACUUCUGGAUCGGUGCGCAUGGCGACAGACCCUUUGGACUACUGUCUACGCUUUGCAAAGAGGUUGAAAACUACAUCGAAGAACGGGCAGAGGAAGCCUACGGGGGUCUCGAGAUUCCAGCUCCCAGCCCAUCGUUCCUUGAAAGAGACGAUGGAGAAGACAUUGGCGUUGAGGUGGACGAGAACCUGAACUUCGAGGCUGCUGCAGUCCAGAUCCCCCUGGAUGAACCCAGCGCAGUUUCGUCAGUCGGUUCCAGGGUAUCUGUCAGAUCCUAA